AUGCCAAGCUGGGAAUGGUGCACAAAUUCUGCUAACAAUGUGAGAGGAAGCAUUUGGGUGGUUGGGAAUCCAGCAAAGGACAGACCUAUUGGAAGUCAAGUACAAAGCUCAGAAACUAGAGAUUUUCAAGAAUGCAUCACUGAUUGUAAUUUAACUGAGUUGGCCACAGUUGGAAGGAAAUUAUCCUGGACAAAUGGACAUGUGUUUAGUAGAAUUGAUAGAGCACUGGUUAAUAUUGAGUGGGUACUGCAUAUGCCAAUAGUACAUGUGUUGGUUAUGGAUCCAUUAUUCUCAGAUCAUUCUCCUCUGAGUAUCAAUGUGGAGGAGCACAAGGAUGCAAAGAAAAGGCCUUUUAAAUUUUUCAACUGUUUAGCACAACAUCCAGAGUUCAAAAAUAAGAUCAAUGCAAGUUGGCAAAUCAAAGGAAGAGGUUUGCAAGGGGUCUGGCAAAAUCUGAUGAAGGUGAGAAGAGAAUUGCAGCAACUAAAUCAAAAAGAAUACAUAGGGUAUCAGAAAAGGUUCACAAACUAA